AAAUAGUGUGGACAUUCAAAAGGUGAAUCGUUUUUACGUAGUUUACUGAUUGCUGUUGGUUAUGUGUACAGUGUGCUGACUGUAUGAAAACAUUGUAAAUGAUGCAGUUUCACAGACAGGCUCUUUUUUGUGGUAUACAAUCACCAGCGUCUAUUUACAAUAAACGUUCUUAUGUUAAGUGUUCAUAUUGAAAAAUCUGAACGAAGCCUACUUAUAAAAUAUUAUCACAUCAGUUAGCUCCACUCAAAAAUCUAAUAGUAACAUUCGUCUCUCUUAUUUCAUCAAAAAACGUUAGUUUUAAACCCACAGAAAAUAUUCACAAUCUCCCUAAUUUGGUGAAAUUUUGGAAAGAUCACCGAAGUUCAAAGACUUUCCACAGUUUUCGAGAAAUAUUAGGGAAAUACUCAAAUUCAAAUGACCUUUCUCAAACUUUGGAUAAAUUUUUGGAGUAGAACCCUAAACUCGGUGUGACGCAUUUUUCCAGACAAACAUUUCAUCACCCGUCUAUUUUUAAUCCAUUGAAGACGAAAUUUCAGCUAAUUAAUAUUAUUUUUAAAAAUAUCAUGAUCUUUUUUCACGAAUACUAUACCAAUGUUCUUUUUGAAGAAAUAACAAAACCAGUAUUUUCCGAAUGUCUUAGUUCGGUUACUGGAUUUUUAUUAUGUGUUUCAAAUGUCCAGGUUUUUUUUGUAGAAAUACAUCUCAAGGUUGGCCCUGGUGUCAUUAAGCUUUAUUGAAUUUUUUUCGUGAUUUUAAUUUCAUAGAACUUUCAUCAGUACGGUGAGACUAUAAUUUAUGAACGACCUUCGACAGACGCAAAGGUGACCUAGGGAAUGUCCAUCUACUAACUAGGGUUAUAAAGCAGUGUGAGGAAAUAGAAUAUAGAUUUAUAGUUGAUGGUUAGAGUUAGGAACUAGACAUAAGGUUUUCACAACGAACUGACAUCAGCGAAAAAACUGAAAAGCUAUUUAGCUAGAUGAAUGGAUGAAUUUUGAGCCAAAACCGAAAACCUGUUAUCUUAUAUCUGAUUGGUUCGUCCACAAAUCAUGGUCUCACCCAAGUAGUAACUCUUUUUCAUGGUGAAAAAAAUUUAUGGUAUAAGUAGGUCGUUUUGGUGGAAAUUUGUCCUUUGAUUUUUUAGGUUUAAACUUGAAACUUUCAUUAUCCCUACUGAUAAAAUCAUCAAAAAAUUCAAAUAGAAGUCUUCUACUCAUUGUAGUCUGUUUCCUUCACUGCUGCUGAACAUACUACUAUGUAUAACCUACAUUAUUCGGUGAAGCCUUGUCAAAAUAAACCCCUUCAAUAUAAAUUUGACAAAAGAUACCAGGAUGUCCAUUUAAAGGCGUUAGCUAAAAUGAAAUCGACAGUGGAUACAACUGCACCAAAAACAUUUCAGAUUAUUCAUUUAAAUUCUAAAAAAGACAGAAUUGAAAAAGAAAAUUUCAAAAGAAUAACAGAAGAAAAUAACCGUCUUUUGAAGAGGAUGCAUGAAAUUCAGAAACAUGGUAUUAUGGGCAAUGAAAAUGAUCAGUAUAUAGAAAAAAGCUUAAAUGAAGAACAAAGACUGAAAGAAGUCAAGCGAGUAACUCAAGAAAAUAAAGAAAUUCUUAAAAGGCUGAAGAAUUCAAAAAACUUAUAUAAUCGAGAGAAUUGGGAACAUGAUUGGGCGAAUACUCUUAAAUACAUGACUAACAUAUCAAAAUUUACUAUGUAUCAUCAAAAAUCAGUUUCAAAAAAGAAGGGUCAACUAAGUGAAGAUGGAAAAUUGCGGGAAAAAAAUAAUGAAUAAUCAGUCAAUUAACAGUUGGUUGUAUUGCCUUAUUUUAACUGUUAAAAUUACAUGAAAAUUUAUUAGAAAACCUCACUUAUUAUAAGAGUAUUAUCAAUCCUGUUUCGCAAUGACCUUUAACUAGAUAGCAACACAAAUGAAUUGUAAUAUUAUAUUGAAAAAUAAAUUAAUCAAAUAAGAGAUGGUUUAUUUUUACUCUUGUUAAUCUUUUCGUAGGUAAAAAGUUGAAUGUUUGUUGACUGACAAGUGAUGACACAUGAUUGAGUUUACAGUAUACUGUUAUAUACUUUGUAUAUUAUCCACUGGUUGAAUAAAAUUAAACCCCUUUUUUCCAAACGAAUGACAAUGUGUUUAUGAUUCUAUGAAGACUACAGUCUUGUAGAGAAUAAUUUUUUUAUAAUUAAGGAUACACAUAUAAAACCAAUAGUGAAGAAUACCAAUGAAAAUUCAAGUGAAUACAUGGAAACGAUAAUAUCAGUAGUGGAUUCAGUUAUUCAGAGAUCUAUCGACUAUGUACAAAACUUAAACAGUGAUUCAUCGAAAGUUGACAUAAAUCAUGGAAAUUCUGAAAAUACUCAACAGCAUGGUGCAACAAUAGGUCAAGGGAAAUCAGAUGAAUCUCCAGAAAUGAUACGUAAUCUAAUAACAUCAAUAAUACAGUCAUCAUUAUAUCGUGUCUAUGAAAAAGAUCUACUUAAUAAACUAAGUAUGAAACCUGAGAAUUCUGAAAGUCUAUAUGAAAUCAACCCAACGGAUUAUAAUUACUAUGAUUUGGAAAAAUUAUAUCCCAAUGAAAGUUCAUAUGAAAUCAAUGAUGAAAUUAUCUUAUCAGAUAAACCUUUACCGAUUCCUAAUAUACAAUGGCCUACUAUUGAAGAAUUUACACCAAAAUUAGGACUGGAAAAAAUUGAGAAAUAUGUAAAGGUAAUGAUUGAGUAAUAUAUUUGUUAGAAAUCAAAGAUAAGGUGAUAAUUUUAAAUCUAAAUCGCCACGGUUAUAUCUGUGGGAGGUUUUGUGUUUAUAUACAAUAUUUAGACGUACUGAAUGCUUCGAACAUGAGGAAUAUCAUUCAGAUUGCAAUGGCUUCUAUAGUAUUUUUGUUAAUUUACAAGAUGGAGAUAACGAGUCUAAAUUGACUAUAUAUUAUUUAUUCAUUGAAACAUUUUGAAACAAAGGAUGUGCAUAUGAUUUCACUAUCUGCAAAAUCAUAUAUGCAAUCAAGAGUGUUAUUAUGUUAGUUAAUGAGGACCAAUUAUUAGAACUAUUGCAAUGAUGUAUCUUAUAUUCAUGUUUCUUUUUCGAAUCCAACCUUGAUAAAGGGUAAGUUAAAAAGUCUUAGAUUGUCAUAUACAUUUGCGUUUGGAAUAAAGUACUCCAAUAAUGACUGGACACUACAUUAUUUAAUGAAGGGGAUAUAUCGUGACUAAAGCUGAAUUUCUAUUACAAUUGCCUGGUUCCAUUUUACAAAGUGCGAAGUACAAUGAUAGUUAUAAGCUGAUGGUUUCAGUUAUGAAACAAACUAGGCUUGAGAAACACCGCUUAUAAGAUUGCACUCUUAAAUGGUCAAAAUGUCUCUAGAACACCUGUCUAUUUUGUUAUAAAAAUUGCAGCUUUCUAAACAAUUGUUCGCAUUUGUACUUUCAGUGUUGGGAAAUAAGUGAUAAGUGGCUUUACUGCGUUGAUAUUUUGCCAAUCGUGGAACUAAAGAAUGAAACGCUUUAUAAAUAUCGAGUGAAAUUUAGUCUACCAUCUAGGCGUUCACCCAUACCAAAAUCUACGGUAUCGGUUUACUUCACGCUACGAAUAUCUCCGAUAAAGCCAAAGAAUUCAGCUAUACUUGUCUAUUAUCAAGUCGAAACAUUCCGCUCAAUACAAAUUCCAGGAAAGAGAAGAUUUUCCGAGAGAUGGUUAACGGAUGUUGUCAAUAGCAAGAUACGAUUAAUGUCCUAUGUCACUUUCUAAAUACUUAUUUCGGCAUGAAACAAAAAAGUACUUGAGUUCAACUACGAUAACAUGUAUGAACAUUGCUUUCAUUCCAGAUAAAUACUUGGAGCAGCAUUGUUAGUAUUUUAGUGUAUUGUCAGCUGACAUGGUUUGCAAUGUAUCUAAGUUAUGUAAGUUUCUGAACAAAAAAAAACAACAGUGUACAAAGCCAUUACUGAACAGUAAUAUUUAAAUCUUAUGUUAUAGAUAAUGAAAAUAACACAGAAAGCGGAUAUGUGGUAAUG